UGUAUUCCCUCCUGCAGAAUUUUUUGAGAAAAAGUGAAAAAUUAAAAAUAAUUUCGAAUUUUUAUUUUUAAGGGACUUUAUAAAAAGUAGAGAUGUUUGGAUUAAAAGUGUUUCUAAUAUUAAAAUCAUCCCUUGCAUUACAAUCAAUUUUAAAUUAUUAUGAACCUGAAGGUUUACCUAUAGAAUCGAAACAUUGGGUAGAUAGUCUUGAUAAAAUGCUUGGAGAUUUUUUAUUUACUUGUAAUGUUAAUGAAUUUGCUUUGGCACAUAGUGAGCAUGGAGCAGAUACUUAUUAUUAUAUGUUUUCACAUCGGGCAUCUCAACAAACUUGGCCUGAAUGGAUGGGCGUUCUGCACGGUUACGAAAUUAAUUUUAUUUUUGGUGAACCUUAUAAUCGGAAACAAUUUAAAUACACAAAAGAAGAACAAGAAUUGAGUUCUCGUUUUAUGCGUUUUUGGGCAAAUUUUGCACGUACAGGCGACCCAAACCGCAAUCCAGACAAUUCUUAUAUUUCUGAUUGGCCUCCAUAUAAUUCAAAAACUAUGGAAUAUAUAAAUUUAACAAUAGAAUCAGAUUAUAUACAGAAAGGUGCUAAACGAAUAGGCACUGGUCCAAGAAGAAAACAUUGCAAUUUUUGGAAAUUUAUUCCAAAAUUAAUUUCUAUUUCUGCUGAUUUGGGAGAAUCUUUUAUUAAAUGGAAGCAACAAAUGGAUAGAUGGGAAAAUGAUUAUAUGCCAGAAUGGGAGGCAAGAAAAUUUAUUUUUUAAA